CAUUCUCGGAUACAUUAAACGGUCCUGAUUAGCCUAAUUUCAAGUCCCCACUUUAAGUGGAUGUUACUGUUUACUUUACAUGAAAAUCACUUAAUGCAUCCGCAAUGCACCGAAUAAUAAGGCAAAGCCGGAGUCCCGUCGUUAUGCUCUCACCCGCCCAAUUUUGACCCGGUUUUUUUUCCCCCGAUAAAGAACCAAAGAAAAAAGAAAAAAAAAAGAUAAUCAGUCUUCUUGGCCUUUAAUAAGAUUAUAGCGUCCACACUUGUAAAUGUUAAGAAACCAUUUGUGGUAUCGCGAGCGUGAUUAAGUGAUGGAUACGGUGUCGAUUCGGGUUCCGUACAGGAACCUGAAGAAGGAAGUGGAGGUAGAAAUGAUAGGUGUUGACGAGCAGCAGCAUCAUCGGAUUCACUUGAACGAUUCAUCUUCGAAUUCUUCAUCUUCUUCUUCUCAGAUCCCUAAUAGUGACUCGUCGCCGAUCGCCGUGAGAUCUAAAACGACGAGACAUUAUAGUUUGAUGACUCUCAUUCUCAGUUGCACGGUCGCCGCCGGUGUUCAAUUCGGUUGGGCCUUGCAGCUCUCUCUCCUUACUCCUUAUAUUCAGACACUCGGUAUAGAACAUGCGUUUUCCUCAUUUAUUUGGCUCUGCGGCCCUAUAACAGGACUUGUGGUUCAACCUUGUGUUGGUAUAUGGAGUGAUAAAUGCACAUCAAAAUUUGGAAGAAGACGGCCGUUUAUUCUUGCUGGAUCUCUCAUGAUCUCAGUUGCUGUGAUAAUAAUCGGAUUUUCUGCAGACAUUGGAUCUAUAUUAGGGGAUACCAAGGAGCACUGCAGUACAUUCAAAGGCACUAGAACAAGGGCAGCUUUUAUUUUUGUCAUUGGUUUCUGGAUGCUGGAUCUAGCUAACAAUACAGUGCAGGGACCAGCUCGUGCCCUUUUGGCUGAUUUCUCAGGUCCUGAUCAGAGAAAUUCUGCAAAUGCUGUAUUUUGCUCAUGGAUGGCUGUUGGAAACAUUUUAGGAUUUUCUGCUGGUGCUAGUGGGAGUUGGAACAGGUGGUUUCCUUUCUUGAUGAGUAGAGCCUGUUGUGAAGCUUGUGGUAAUCUGAAAGCAGCAUUUCUUGUUGCAGUAGUGUUCUUGACUCUGUGCACACUUGUGACUCUAUAUUUUGCGGAUGAGGUUCCACUAGCUAAAAAUCAGCCCCUCCAUUUCUCAGAUUCAGCUCCAUUGUUGGAUGAUCCUCAACAAAUUGGUGGUGAACUUUCGAAAUCUAAGUCUGACGGGCCUGUUUUCAGUAAUACUAAUGGGAACAAUAUCAAUAGGAGCAUUGAACAGAAUGUGAAUCCAAAGCAUGCCAACUCCAUCGAGGAUCAAAAUGAAAGUCUUGGUGAUGGCCCUGGAGCAGUAUUAGUUAAUUUGUUGACUAGUUUAAGGCAUUUACCACCAGGGAUGCAUUCUGUGCUUGCUGUUAUGGCUCUUACUUGGUUAUCCUGGUUCCCUUUCUUUUUGUUUGAUACGGAUUGGAUGGGGAGAGAAGUUUAUCAUGGAAAUCCAAAAGGGAAUUCUGAUGAAGUCCGGCUGUAUGAUCAAGGUGUCAGAGAAGGUGCAUUUGGUUUGCUAUUGAAUUCAGUUGUUCUUGGCAUUAGUUCCUUCUUGAUUGAACCAAUGUGUCAGAGAUUGGGGCCAAGACUUGUAUGGGGAUUGAGCAAUUUUAUUGUCUUUGCCUCCAUGGCAGUCACGGCUAUCAUUAGCUUGAUAUCUGUUGGUAAAUAUUCUGGAGGAAUUGAACAUGUUAUCGGCGGCAAUGCUGCUAUUAGGAUAGCGGCCUUAAUCGUAUUUGCUCUUCUGGGCUUUCCUCUUGCUAUUACCUAUAGUGUUCCAUUUUCUGUCACAGCAGAGUUGACUGCUGAUUCAGGCGGUGGCCAAGGAUUAGCCAUAGGAGUCCUGAAUCUUGCAAUUGUUAUUCCACAGAUGAUUAUAUCUCUGGGUGCGGGUCCAUGGGAUGCUUUAUUUGGGGGAGGCAAUAUACCUGCCUUUGUCCUGGCUUCUGUGUGUGCUCUUGCAGCUGGUGUCAUUGCAAUUCUGAAACUGCCAGAUCUUUCAAAUAGUAACUUCAAGUCUUCUGGUUUUCAUUUUGGCUAGCUGCUGGAACACUCCAAACUAAGUUGACAUUUAACCGGCGGACAACACUCCACCUGAAGAACAUGCAUGUUCAUCUGCUUUCAGAGAGAUGGUUCUUCCAUUAUACGUACGUAUAGUUCUCAUAUUAAAGAGAGUAAAAUACAUAUUCCGAUUCAUUCAUUUUUUUUCCCCACAUUGUGGGCCCCUGUAUUUUAUGUAGUAUAAGUUGUCAUUUGAGUAAAAGCGAAUACAUGCAUACAGCGAUUAGUGCUUCAUCAUUCCAUUUUAAUAUAGAAGUCCGAUCAUAUUAUAAGUUCCCGUUCUCAGAUAAUGCCUCUUUCCAUUUCCAGAUGCAGUGUUAGGGAUUGGUCCGAUGUUGAUUAAUAAAAUAGAGAAUAACAUAUUGAUGUGGAUUA